UUAUCACCAAAUGGUAACUUUGAGUAUGGACCAAAGACAUCAGAAUUGAAAGGAACCAAAGUGAUGAGCCGAAAGGCAAUACCAAAUUGGGAAGUUUCAGGCUACGUUGAGUACAUAAAAUCAGGUCAAAAACAAGGUGACAUGUUGCUAAUAGUACCCGAAGGAGGUUUUGCUGUUAGAUUAGGCAAUGAGGCACUGAUUAAGCAAAAGCUCAAGGUGAUUAAAGGCAUGUAUUACUCGCUAACCUUCAGCGCGGCUCGGACGUGUGCGCAAGAAGAGAAGUUGAAUGUGUCGGUCUCGCCCAACUACGAGAAGAACGACUUCGGUUUGUUCCCAAUCCAAACGAUGUACAGCAGCAAUGGAUGGGAUUCGUAUGCAUGGGCAUUCCAGGCCGAUGAGCCUGUAAUCGAGAUCUCGAUACAUAAUCCGGGUGUCGAGGAAGAUGCUGCUUGUGGCCCUCUUAUUGAUUCGGUCGCGUUGAAGACCUUGCACCCUCCGAAACGCACCGGAGUAAAUCUACUAAAGAAUGGAAAUUUCGAAGAAGGCCCUUACGUUUUCGCAGCACCAACUUCGGAAGGAGUCAUAAUUCCACCCCAAAUCGAAGACGAUCAUAGUCCUUUACCAGGCUGGAUUAUUGACUCCCUCAAAGCAGUUAAGUACAUUGACAGCGAACACUUCACCGUACCAGAAGGCAAUCGUGCGAUCGAACUCAUCGCCGGUAAAGAAAGUUCCCUUUCGCAAGUCGUCAAGACGAUGAUUAGUAAGAACUAUGUCCUCUCCUUCGCCAUUGGUGAUGCUAACAACGCAUGUGAAGGUUCCAUGGUGGUUGAAGCAUUCGCAAACAGAAACACCGUCAAGGUCACGUAUGACUCGAAGGGUAAAGGAGGAUUCAAGCGGGCGACGCUCCGAUUUAAAGCCGAUUCGACUCGGACUAGGGUAAUGUUCUAUAGCACAUUUUACACCAUGAAAAAUGAUAACUCAGGUUCUCUCUGUGGACCUGUGGUGGAUGAUGUGAAGCUGAUUAGUGUCCGAAAGUGAAA